AUGAACUUUUCCAAGCUUGUGGGCAUGCUUGGCGUGGCCUUGGUUCCUCAAGUAUACUGCAGUCAGCAACAAGCCCACUGCAAUUCCUUGAAAGAAAAACUGCAUGUCGCCAAUGCAACGGUGUGGUUCACAGAAUAUGUACCGUCGGGAACCAACCUGUCUCUAUCUGAAAAUGAUCCAUCAUGCGCGCUGGCCAGCCAAGUCAUUGAGGUUGACAUCUGCCGUGUCGCCCUGUUGGUGGGGACCAGUGUGACCAGCAACAUUUCUAUGGAGGCGUGGUUGCCAUUCAACUGGACCGGUCGUUUUUUGAGUACGGGCAAUGGCGGACUGGGCGGUUGCAUCGAUUAUGCUGCAAUGGCGUACACCGCACACUAUGGAUUUGCGUCCGUCGGCGCGAACAACGGACACAACGGCACCUCCGGAGCCCUUCUCUACAAAAACCCCGGCGCACUCGAGGAUUUCGCAUACCGAAGUCUUCACACGGGUGUCGUCGUAGGCAAGCAAGUGACCAAGGCGUUUUACGACAAGGCACAUACCAAGUCGUAUUACCUUGGCUGCUCUACAGGUGGGCGCCAGGGCUUCAAAGAGGCACAAGAUUUUCCGAAUGAUUUCGAUGGAAUCGUUGCUGGCUCACCGGCUUUAAACUGGAACAAUCUAGUCUCCUGGGCAGCACGUUUCAUCAACAUAACUGGCGUCCCUGGCUCACCGGAUUUCAUCCCUCUAGAGACGUGGCAGGUGAUUGGACAAGCCGUGCUGCAUCAAUGCGAUGCUUUGGAUGGCGUCAUCGAUUGCAUUAUAGAGAAUACAAAUCUAUGUCAAUACCGCCCGGAGGCCCUUAUUUGCGCGAGCAGCCAGACCCAUAGCUGCCUCACGGGAGCACAAGCAAAGAAGGUCAGGGACUUCUUCUCGCCCCUCUACGGACCGAACAAUACCUUGAUCUUCCCCAGAGUGCAGCCUGGGAUGGGGAUGAUGACUCCUUAUGUUACCGGUCUACCAUUCGCGAUAAGUACCCAGUGGUUCCAGUACGUUGUACAUGAGGACCCGAGCUGGAACCCAACUACCAUCAGUUUCGAGGAUUUUGCAAAGGCGACUCUGUUGGAUCCUUUUCAAAUUAGUACCUGGAAAGGUGACCUGUCGGGUGCUAUGAACAGUGGCACCAAAAUUCUUUCCUAUCAUGGAGAAGAAGAUAUACUCAUUAGUCCCGAGAGCUCGACUCGGUAUUAUGACCACGUCUCACGAACCAUGGGAUUACAGUCAGGAACUUUGGAUAGUUUCUACAGAUUGUUCAUCAUCUCCGGCAUGAACCACUGUGUUGGUGGUACAGGGGCAAGUUUCAUCGGAAAUAUGGGACGCACUGUUGUCGACUUCACGCCGGAGAAAAACGUCUUGGCAGCGAUGGUUCGCUGGGUCGAAAAUGGAACUGCGCCCGAUACAAUCCUCGGCACGGCUUACGUCAACGGUACAAAGGCGUCGGGACAGAUCGCCUUCCAGCGCAAUCACUGUCGAUAUCCUUUCCGAAACGUCUACAGAGGCGAAGGUGAUCCAGAUCUCCCUGAGAAUUGGAAGUGUAUUUAA